ACAUCGACUAAGAAGAGUCGCAGUGAACGCGGUCUCAAAACCCAAACAAACAGUAUCUUUAAGCCAAAUGCAACGAAUGGACGAUCUCUACCACAAUUAAAAAAAAGACACAAUAUAUCUGCAUUCACAUAUCGGAUUAUAAUUGAACUGAGAAGGACAGUAUUCGCUCAACCGAUCGUAGAGAGAUUUCAGCAGCAGAAACCUGUGUGAAAACACGUUGGAGAGAGUACUACAUGGGAGGAAAGAUUGUUCGGUUGAUCUUUUAGCUGUGUAAUGUCAAUUUUUACACAAAAAAUCAACCUCAAACCAGCUGAUACUGAAAAGGAAGCAUGUUUGCCGUGUGCUUUAUUUAAGUUGGGGAUUUGACUAGAAAGAGGACAGCUUUUGGAAAUAUCAGAUGUUCCAAAUCUGAAGAAGACUUCAGUUCCAGUGUUUAACAAAAUAGUUACAACUGAGUUAUAAUGCUGAGGACACUACUCAUGACCACCUCUUCAACAUUUCAACAUUAAAGGAGUGAUCCAACUUGAGAAUGUUCAACUGCUGCACUGGAAUGGUGAUCUAACCUUGGUCUAUUCUGAAUAUGUAAUAUAUUCUUCAAAUACCUUGGGAAUAUAUAUGAUUACUGCUUAGACUUUAAUGCUUAGACUAUUGCUUAGACUUUAGCAUGUGUUGAUUAGUAAGUCCAGUCCCCACACACAUACACACACAAACACACACGUCUUUAUCAGAAUUUAGUUGCUGUCAAAUAAAAACAAAAUGCUAGUGAUUUCAUUACAGUAAGUACUUUAAGGUGGUGUGAUGUGACUAUUAACCUGGCCCCCUCUUUUCACCCUGCUGUUGCACCCCAGCUGUUUUAAUGAGGUGAACGUUAGUAUUCGCCGGUUUCUCAGCAGCAGUCCUGUGGUUACCGUCCCGUUUUUUUGUGCAUGUGUGGGGGCAGGGAUUAAAAUGAGUUGGUAAGGGAGGAUUUGGAGUGUCAAAGCUGGCACCCGGUGCUGCUUCCAGAGCUUCAAGAGAAGAGCCAGACACCUCUUCCACAGAGCAGCGGACUCUAUCUGACGCGGAUAGGGUUUACCCAAGGGCAUUUCGGACUGUAACACCAGCAUCUGCCAGAACUCUUUACGCUGUUAAUAAGAGGACUGCUGACCUGGAAAGACACCUCCACUUCGGCGCACAUAAACACAGGUUUUAAAUCUCCCAAGUCGACCUUGGACAUCACUCGGGCGUCACUCAUCGACAGUAUCGUCAGGAUCACAGCCAUCAAUCUCCCGCAUCGUUUUCGCGGCCCCUGCCCCCCCCACCAGCAGCGCCCGGCGCACCUCCCACGAAAACCGCUUCAUCCUGGAACGCUUGAGGUGGCCUCUCGCAAGGGGGUUGUGUUGUCCUGGGGCAGCAGCGCGUUCGUGUCGCAGACCCCGGCAGGAUCGCUUCGGCUUGCGGACACAGGCGUCGGGCCCCGAUACAGGGAGAAGGAGCCGCUGGACUUCAGAGUUCACAACUCUGGAUCCUGGCCAUGAGGUUUGAUGCCUCAACCCACUGACUGGAGACACUGGACCUAAAUGGCGCAGCAUGACUUUGUUCCUGCCUGGCUUAACUUCUCAACGCCUCAACCCACCAAGUCCCCUGCAGCAAGCUUUGAGAAACAUGGAGAGCACUUCCCCCGCGGAGACGGGAGGCCGAGCGUGAGCCGGCGACGCCACAACUCCUCCGACGGCUUUUUCAACAACGACUCCCUCAGAGCAUCAGCAAGCGACGGGUGGGCACAGCCGUUGCUCCUGCGGCAUGACUCUGUCGACUCGGGCGUGUCGAAGGGCAGCCAUGGCGGACUGGUCAGCGGACCGGGGUGGAAGGAGGCGUCCACCUGGCAUGGGGCGCCAUGGGGGCAGGAGGGCGGGGGGCCCCACCACCACCACCACCACGGGCGCCACCAGAAACGCGGGGGAGGGGACAGGGACAGGGACAGGCAGGGUGGGCAUCGGCAGCGCAACGGCACCUUCCACCCCCGCAAGGGACCCCCCUUCCAGGACAGGGUCUCUGACGAGGAGCGCAAGGAGGACAAGCUGAACUUUGUGGAAGAAGAUUUUCCCUCCCUUAACCCAGAAGCCAAUGGAAAGCCAGUGAGCCAGGCACGCGCCGUGGGGGCUCCUGCGGGAGUGUGGGAGAACCCACCCACCGCCAAGCAGGCGGUGUCCAAGAUGCUGGUCAUUAAGAAGGUGUCGAAAGAAGACCCCUGUGCAGCUUUCUCUGCAGGGUUUGCCAGCACAGGUCCUCUCCCUGCCAACGGCGCCAAAGUCCCAAUCACUGGUCCCAGCGUUUACAAAAAUCUGGUUCCCAAGCCAGCCGCAGCCCCCAGUAAGUCUGGUCCGUGGAAACCCAACGGAAGGGAAGCAAAGUCUGGAUUGCAUUUCUCAGGCAGGGACUCUGCCUUCACCAGCCCCAUCUCUGUGACCAAACCCUUGACCCCUGUCAGCACCGCGCCCCAUGCAGCCCCCAAGGAGCCUCCAUCCAGCACCACCCCACCCAUUGACAUCACCCCUCCUCGCCUCAAACUAAUGCGCCGCAGCACUGACCGCAAGAGUGAGUUUCUGCGGGCCCUGAAGGACGAGAGGAACGGCGAGGUGACCACAUGUCACAGUCCUGGAACCCCGGGAGAGGGCGACAGCAGCACCCCGGAGCCCAAGGAGUACAGCGAGGGCCUCUGCCAUGAGAACGGCAUCUCUCACAGCCUCAGCGACUCGGACACCGAACACCUGUCCAGCUCCUUGGAGGCGGAACACAGGUUACUCAAGGCCAUGGGCUGGCAGGAAUAUCCAGAGAACGAUGACAACUUCCUGCCCUUGACAGAAGACGAACUGAAAGAAUUUCAAGCGAAAACUGAGCAGCUGAAGAAGCAGCAUGGCUUCGGGAGGAACGGGGUGUUGCUCAAGCCUCGUGGCGCGACUCUGCAGUUCACCCAGUGGAGAGGCGCUGUGGAAACAGGCCUGGAUGAAGGCUCCGAGUCAGAGACCAGCAGCAGUAGCCAGACCUCCGAUGACGACGACACCUAAUGUGGCUUUAACAGAUCUUUCUCUCUCUCUUCUGUUUUUGUUUUAGUACACAUUUUUUCCAUGCACAAGGGAAACCAAUCAUAUCUGAGAGAAAGUGGAAAUUCUGGCUUGUGUAGCGUUUCUUAUUUUUGUUUUCGUUCCAUCUUUCCUUUCACUCCUUGGUCGUCACAUUUUCCUGUUUAAUGGAACUAAGUGUUCAUCAAAAGAAAGAAGGGCAAUGAACAUUCAAAUUUGCUUCAGAAAAAGACUAACCCAUAACAACAGUAAUCAUAUUAAUGUAAGUGGAAAUCACUUGAGUACCUUACCAACUAAAAUAUGUUAAAUAUGGCUUUGAUGUCUGUUUUGAAAAACAAUUAUUAGCGGUAGUAUUGAGAUUAAACAAUCAUUAGAAAGUAUUAAUAUUAAUGUUGCCCCAAGCCCCUUGUGGAAAGCUUUACAAAAUGUCACUUCAAUAGCAAGGCUUCUACAUACAAAAAGGUAAAUGACACCCCUAGAAUGGGCUGUGUAGUAUAGCAUGGCAGCUAAUGAAUGAAACUGUCAGUGUCAAGAGACCUGUAAGGAAGGCGAACGCCUGAGCUCCAGUUUGAAUUAGCCGUUCUCGCUGUUUGGCAGGUGAUCCUCAGCGUGUCCCAGUCAGAUUACUUCUCAGGAUUAAGGUUUUCCUUAGUUUGGUCGGUUUGAUCACCCAGUUAAAACACAGUUUGCUCUCUUCCUUUACAAUUUUUUGAGUUUUCACUGUUCUACUUUCCCCAGAGUACCUAAGUGUAUUUUAAAGUACUUAUCUGGCAUGAGCUAAAUCUCAUUUGUAGAUGCAGGGUAGAUUUUUAAAAAAAAAGGAUUCUUAUGUUCCUGGAAGUAUGCUGAAGGCAAGUGAUAUAAACAACAGACUUUGUGGACACCUUGCUGCCAACACUGCUUUUGGCUGAAGCACAUUAAAUCACAAGAGGAGCAGCAGCUAGGACAUAUGGUUCAAUUUUU